AUGAACUGCGCCCCGGGUGGCAAUUUCGACUUGGGAGCCUGGAACCUGCAGCUACCGACCGGCAGCAACGGGUUCGAUGUGGUCAGAAGUAAGGACUUGCAAGGCUGUGAAGGCUAUUCCGACCAAUACUUUUCCACCGACUCGUCGUCGGGCACAAUGGUGUUCGUGGCUCCUGGCAACCCUCGUCUAACGGGAUGCGUGACAACGCCCGGCAGCAGCCAUUGCCGCACCGAGCUGCGCGAGGUGAAUAAGAACGACGGUCGCAAUGCCGCCUGGAACUCGAGAGAUACAAACGUUCUCGAGGUGACAAUGGCCGUCACCAAAGCCGACGACGGCACCUACGGCACGGCUAUCGGCCAAGUCUUUGCUCAGGCGAAGCCCCUUGCGGCCAUCUACUAUAGUCAGCAGGGCAACAUUACCUUCGAUAUCAAGCCGGGGCCGCAGCAAGACACCCAGAGGUUCAGAAUGAGUCAGGUGCCAUUGGGCAAGCAGUUCACCUAUAAGCUAUCUUACUCUAGCGACAUCCUAUCGGUUGCCGUCGACGGCAUAGAAGCGCCGCUUAAUUUCACCGCCUGGCCAGCUCAAGACUGCUCCUUCAAGCUAGGCAACUACAACCAAGGCAGGUCUGGAGACAGAGCAGAGGUGCAUGUUGCAGCCAUCCAUCUGCAGCACGAUAGCUUAGGUUCGGCCACCUUUGGCCUACUUCGCAAGUCCCUAUACUUUAUUUUGCCUUCGCUAUUAGUGCUUUACUGUGAAAGGCUGGCCCGGAGUUUAUUCAACAAGCAGGUGCCUAGGUGUUGUCUAUCUAGAGCUAAGGAGGAAAAGAAGCUGAACUCGAGGCGUAGCCUCGAGUGCGAGCUUAUAUUGCCCUUCUCGGAAUGUUCUCGCAGCUUCUGGGUCCGCGGAGCGGCCGGUGUUGCCACCGAGCACGACCCACCGGACCCGGUACAACCGGGUUCACCAGCCGGGCACAGCCCGUGA